UAUCAGCAGUGGUAGCCUCUUCUCAUCAGUCAAUCUGUGCGAGCGCGAGAAGUUUCAUAGAAUUGACAAGUAAAUUAAUUUCAAAUUGUCGAAAUAAUAGAAAUUCAUUUGAAAAAUCAUUAAUCGGUUUAAUUUCGAAACAGGUGCAGUGAAAAAACGAAAUAACAUUCAACAAGCGGAGAGUGCUGAAAUCUAAUAUAUACCAUUAAAAUGGCGAGCUUAAUACGUGUACCAUCGAUUUUGGCCAAGAAUGCAUCGGCAAUGCUGCGCACUGCUUCUGUGGUGCCACAACGGGAACUACAUAUUACACAUGGCAAAAAUGAUGCCAAAGUUCGCACCGAUGCCAUCUCAAAGGAAUACCCAAUAGUCGAUCACUCUUACGAUGCGAUUGUUGUUGGCGCAGGUGGUGCCGGUUUGCGUGCCGCUUUCGGCUUGGUUGCCGAAGGUUUCAAAACAGCUGUCAUCUCCAAGCUAUUCCCCACCCGUUCGCACACAAUUGCCGCCCAGGGAGGCAUUAAUGCCGCCCUUGGUAACAUGGAGGAAGACGAUUGGAAGUGGCACAUGUACGAUACGAUAAAGGGUUCAGAUUGGUUGGGCGACCAAGAUGCCAUACACUACAUGACCCGCGAAGCACCAAAGGCUGUCAUUGAAUUGGAGAACUACGGCAUGCCUUUCUCGCGCACACCCGAAGGUAAAAUCUAUCAACGUGCUUUCGGUGGCCAAAGUCUGAAGUUCGGCAAGGGUGGUCAAGCGCAUCGUUGUUGUGCCGUGGCAGAUCGCACAGGUCAUUCGCUGUUGCACACACUCUACGGUCAGUCGUUGAGUUACGACUGCAAUUAUUUCGUUGAAUAUUUCGCCUUGGAUUUAAUUUUUGAGGAUGGCAAAUGCAAGGGUGUUUUGGCAUUAAAUCUGGAAGAUGGCACAUUACAUCGUUUCCGCGCACACAACACCGUUAUCGCCACCGGUGGCUAUGGACGUGCUUUCUUCUCAUGCACCUCAGCGCACACCUGCACUGGUGAUGGUAAUGCGAUGGUCGCACGUCAGGGAUUGCCUUUGCAAGACUUGGAAUUCGUACAGUUCCACCCAACUGGUAUUUAUGGUGCAGGCUGUUUAAUGACUGAAGGUUGCCGUGGUGAAGGCGGUUAUCUGGUCAACUCGAAAGGUGAACGUUUCAUGGAACGUUAUGCGCCGGUAGCCAAAGAUCUCGCCUCACGUGAUGUUGUUUCACGCUCAAUGACCAUUGAAAUUAUGGAAGGACGUGGUGUGGGUCCCGAAAAAGAUCACGUGCACUUGCAAUUGCAUCAUUUGCCUCCAGAUCAGUUGGCUCAACGUUUGCCUGGCAUCUCCGAAACCGCUAUGAUCUUUGCUGGUGUAGAUGUGACACGUGAACCAAUCCCAGUACUCCCGACCGUGCACUACAAUAUGGGCGGCAUCCCAACCAACUACAAAGGCCAAGCAUUGACCAUCGACGAGAACGGCUGCGAUGUAGUGAUUUGCGGUUUGUAUGCCUGCGGCGAGGCAGCCAGUUCAUCGGUGCAUGGAGCUAAUCGUUUGGGUGCUAAUUCCUUGCUGGAUUUAGUGGUGUUUGGACGUGCAUGUGCGCUGACAAUUGCCGAAGAGAACAAACCUGGCGUGCCAGCACCUAGUUUGAAGGAUAACGCUGGUGAAAUGUCUGUUGCCAAUCUGGAUAAAAUAAAGCACAAUGAGGGCAAGAUCACUACCGCAGAUUUGCGCUUGAAAAUGCAAAAGACCAUGCAGAGCCAUGCCGCUGUAUUCCGUGAUGGUCCCAUACUGCAGAAGGGCGUUGAGAAAAUGAAGGAUAUCUACAAAGAGUUCCAAGAUGUUAAGGUUAUUGAUAAGUCGAAUGUAUGGAACUCGGACUUGGCUGAGACGCUUGAACUGCAAAAUUUAUUGUCCAAUGCGCAAAUGACAAUUGUUGCUGCUGAGAACCGCAAGGAGUCACGUGGGGCACAUGCGCGUGAGGACUACAAGACACGUAUUGAUGAAUAUGACUACAGCAAACCACUUGAAGGUCAACCUAAAGUACCAUUGGACCAACACUGGCGCAAGCACACAUUGACAUGGGUCUGUGGUGAUGCUGGAGAGGUUACAAUCAAGUACCGUGAAGUCAUUGAUAAGACAUUGGACGGCACCGUACAAACUGUGCCACCAGCAAUACGCUCCUAUUAAAACGCACGAUUAGUUUUUGCAUGGGACAUCAGAACCACCAACACCACAAACUUCUUUGGAGUGACAUACAUUUGUUAUUAAAUGUCGGCUUAAGUUAUUCCUAAAUAUUUUACACGCUUUGUGUUCUUUGGAUUCGUGAAAGUUCCAAAAGAGCUGAAUCUUUACAACUAUUUAAAAUGAUAGACGCUAUUUAAGCAGCGUAGUUAACGCCUUCCCUCUACUUACGAAACUUAUAAUUUAUUAACUAAAACGAGAAGAAUAUCUUUUGUGCCCUCCAAACUACACUUACACACUCGCAACACUUCUAAAGGUAUUUUGCAUUGCAUACUUAAAUAUGCAAAGUUGAAAAACAACAAAAUCGAUUGUUUUAUUUACUUAA